AUGCGAGGAAGUCCGAUGCCGCCCCUAAGCCUUCUUACGACAGUAUCCAAUACAACAGCCCAGCCAAAACAAGUGUCAUCGUCAACUAUUAACCAGUGCUUACCAUUAUCAGCACCAUGUUCUACAGGUGGUCAAUGUUGUAGCGGAACAUGCGAACAAGGAUGUAAUCAAGACGAGGAGCAAAGACAAGUGUCAUCGUCAACUAUUAACCAGUGCUUACCAUUAUCAGCACCAUGUUCUACAGGUGGUCAAUGUUGUAGUGGAACAUGCGAACAAGCAUGUAAUCAAGACGAGGAGCAAAGUUCCACAACAGUUACUACGUCCACUGUUGCGGCUGCCACAACAACGACAACAGUUGCUGCUGAGGUGUCUACUACAACUGUUCCAGAAGCAGAUUUUGCGCCUACGGGUGCCAUGUUGGCUGCACGAUUCUUGCAUACGGCUUCCGUAUUAGCAGAUGGGAAGGUGUUGAUUUGUGGUGGUUCUGGCGCAGGGGGUGCUUUGUAUAGUGCGGAGUUGUAUGAUCCAGCAACUGGAGUUUGGAGUUCUACUGGUAGAAUGAAUAUAUCGCGAUUGGGACACACAGCGUCUGUGUUGUCAAACGGGAAGGUUUUAGUUAGUGGUGGAAUUGACGCUGGUGUGGUUUUAAAUACUGCCGAGUUGUAUGAUCCAAUAACAGGGACGUUUAAUUCUACUGGAAGCAUGAUUGCUGCACGAUAUUAUCAUACAGCGUCCGUAUUAGCAAAUGGAAAGGUGUUGGUUGUUGGUGGAGUGGGUGCACAGGAUAUUUUGAAUGGUUGCGAGUUGUAUGAUCCAGACACAGGACUUUGGAAUAUCACUGGUAGCAUCACGACUGCACGAGGCCUUCAAACAGCGUCGAUAAUACUGAAUGUAACAGUGUUAGUUACUGGUGGAAUGGAUUAUGGUACGCUAAAUACUGCCGAGUUGUAUGAUCAAAACGCUGGAACUUGGAAUCCUACUGGUAGUUUGUUGGUUGGAGUGGAAUACCAUACAAUGUCCGUACUAGCAAAUGGAACAGUAUUAGUUAGUGGUGGACUCAAUGCUCGUGGUAGCGCUGUGGAUAGUACCGAGUUGUACGAUCCAGUCACAGGAUUUUGGAAUUCCACUGGUAGCAUGAGUAUUGCACGAGCAAUGCACACAGCGUCAGUGUUGGCAAACGGAAAGGUUUUAGUUACUGGUGGAUUCGUCGAUUAUGCUACUAUUGCUGUGAAUAGCAGCGAGUUGUACGAUCCAGAAACGGGAACUUGGAAUUCCGCUGGUAGGAUGACAGGUCGACGACGAUGGCACAUGGCGUCCAUUUUAACAAAUGGAAACGUAUUACUGAGUGGUGGACAGGAUGAAGCCUAUAAUUCUUUAAAUACUGCCGAGUUGUAUGGUUUAUGA